GUUUGGCGUCUGAUAUGUUUUUAUAAUUUUUGCAAUAAUUUUAAAUUAAGAUGCCGCGAGUGAAGUCUUCCCCCAAGAAAUGUAUAAAAACUAAUCUACAGCAGCCAGCCAAUUCAUGGAUAUUUCUAUUAAAAGGUGAAGCUUUGGAACUGUCUGACCAAUAUACAGGCAGUGGUACACCAGAUAUUGUCACCUUGAGACAUCCAAACACUGGAGAAUCUGCAGUAUUUUUGUUUUCUCCUGCUAAUAAUUCUGUGCAAGAAGUUUUAACAUACAAUGAAGGAAAAAGAUCUUGGUUUAUUGAUGAAACAGUCAAGAGUGAUGGCAAAAUGCACCUGUCUACACCUAUUGAUCCUAUAUUUUUAGUUCUUCCAUAUCUUAAAAGGUACUGUACUGUCCAAGCAAAACCUUUGGAUCAGCUGCUGAGAGAUGAAGAAUUUCCUGAGACUGAGAGGCUACUGAAGUCAAGUGGACUCAAAUACUUAAAUUUGAUUGCAGAUAAAAAGGGUGAUGAAGAACUCAAUGCUUUCAAAUAUAAUGAAGAAAAAACAUUAAUCUGGCUCAAAAAGAAAACCGAACGAGUAGCAGAGAUACUGAAACAGAAAAAUAUAAACGUAUCAGGUGGUGCGAUUUCAGCCACUUACGUCAAAGUUACCAGAGGCGAGCCAACAGACAACGAAGCCUACUUGCGAUACGCCCACGGAAUCGUCUCCGAAUACCUAAUGGACGACCUUAGCCAGAAGCUCCUAAGAUAUCUGAAUUUACCGGAAGAAAGUCAGCAGAGCCAGAGUCUCAAGAGGAAAAGCCUUCCUUUGGUAGGCACCAACGAGCCCAAGAAGGUCAAAGUCGAGGAGGAGAUCAAGUCUAGCACUUCGAAUAUUUUAGAUUUAAGUAAACCCGAUAAUAAGGUGUCUUCGAAAGAGAAAGCUAGGGCCAAAGCCGCUAGCGGUAGUAAAACUAUAAGCUCGUUUUUUAAGAAAGCCUAAUAAUUUUUUCGCCAGUACUAUUCUUAGGUCAAUUUAAUACUCGUGUGGAAGAUCUGCACUUUGGUUUUUG